AGCUGAUCCUCAGGUCGCCUCUCGGCCGCCAUGGCUGAAAAGCAAGCGGGCUUAGCUGGAGAGCCGAAUCCCGACUGUACGGUCACUGCCAAAGCAGGACCUGAGGUGUCCUCGCCUGGGACCUCGGAGUCCAGGGACUAUGACAGUAACUGCGUGUUCUGCCGCGUCGCGGCGGGUCAGGAACCCGAAACUGAACUCUUAUACUGUGAGAACAAAGACCUGGUUUGUUUCAAAGAUAUCAAACCAGCAGCACUUCACCAUUACCUCGUGGUGCCAAAAAAGCAUAUUGGAAGUUGCAAGGAUCUAAACAAAGAUCACAUAGAAAUGGUUGAGAGCAUGGUCACUGUUGGAAAAACCAUUCUUGAGAGGAAUAAUUUCACAGACUUCACAGAUGUGAGAAUGGGCUUCCAUGUGCCUCCGUUCUGCUCCGUCUCUCAUCUGCACCUUCAUGUCAUAGCGCCCGCCAAAGAGUUCGGCUUCCUAUCGAGGGUGGUUUACAGGCGGGAUUCCUACUGGUUUAUCACGGUUGAUUAUUUGCUUGAAAAGCUAAGAAAAUAAAGAUGUGAACCAUGGACAAGUUCUUUCCCUGACUCAGAGCAGCCGUUGGUUUGCUCUCUGAAGGCUAAUUGCAGCCUGAAGGUUGCUGGCUCACAUGUAACACUACCACUGGGGAGCCUUACAUUUUUUUCUGAAUAAUUAUUUUCUGACAUGUCAUAGUUAUGUGAGAAUUUUCUCACUGACUUCAGUCCAUCUAAUACAAAUUCUGCUAAUCAAGAUGCAUCCUGUAUUUUUUUAAAGUUCAAGUUUCAUUUAUUAAUAGUCUUAAUAAUAAUUUGUGGUGAAUAAAUUGGCAUAAAAAUUUUGAACCUUUAUUAUAGUAAAAGAGAAAAAUUAGCCAUUUUAUGACAGUUGUAUAGUCUUACACAUAAAUAUUCAAAAUAAAGAAUACCAUGCCACUAA